AUGGAUCCAAGCGUGACCUCAAAACCAGACCGUGGGCCCGAGUUGAUGGGAGUGUCAUGUUUUUUGACUAUUUUUGGAACCCUAUUUGUUGUCGCUCGAUUCUGGGCUCGAUAUGCCGCCGCCAGAGCAUUCGGAUGGGAUGACCUUUUCUUAUUUCUUGCAAUGCUUGCAGGUCUGGCGGGUCAAGGCCUAACGAUUGCUGGUGUUAAGUAUGGGAGUGGGAAACCGUUCUUGACACUCGAUAUUGCCGAUGUGGUUCAGUGCAUGAAAUUUUCAACUUUUGCGAUAUUAUGCAAUGGCCUUGCGAUGGCAUUUUUGAAAGUUGGAAUUGGCAGUUCGCUGCUUCGGCUCGAUCUGAGCAGGGUUUUCAAUUUUUGCGUUAUUGCGUGCAUUGCGAUCAGUCUAAUCGUUAACUUGACUGUUAUUCCUACCACUUUUGCGGGUUGCAAGCCAUUAGAGAAAACAUGGAAUAAGGAUCCAACACUCGCCGGGACUUGCUGGCCUCGAAAGGUCUCUCUUGUCAUGUCAUACCUCCAGACCACUGGCAAUAUUGUCACAGACGUUGCUUUCUCGAUUGGGCCCCUCGUAUACCUUUCCCAAGUUAGGGUUUCCCGAUACAAUAAAUGGGCGCUACGAGGCGUUUUUGUUAUCGCAAAAGCUACCGAGUUGCCCGCAAUUCUAAACACUAAGGAUCCGACAUAUGCGGCCGUGAAUUUGACAAUCUGGGUGAAAGCCGAGUUCAAUGCUGGUCUUUUCGCCGCAUCACUACCGCCUCUGAAAUCAACGUUCGAGAGAGUACUGAGGAAGUUCGGCGUCAUGAGUGGCCUCUCGACACCCUCAAAUACACGUUCAUAUGGAAAAGGAGCAUACUCUGGAAGAAAGAGGUACGGGGACCACAGCUCUCGCGGAAGACGCCAGACCUCACUAGCCUAUGGCUUUGGAGAUGAUGACGCCGAGGAGAGGACAGCAUAUGCUAUGAAAGAUGUUAGCCGAUCAUCACCAACCAACACUGGAAGCAUGGAUGAAGACCAAAAGCAGAUCUUGCCUGCAAAUGGGAGUGACGGCUAUAUAACAAGAACGACUGAAUACUCAGUGAGCCGUGCGACUUUGGCCUCGCGUAAUGACGCGUAG